AUGGAGGAACAGCCCAAAGAUCGGGCACAAGACAGGCACGGACGGGACAGGAACUCCUCUCAACACGCGACCCGGGGGAAACAUGACCAGCACAUGCACCAGCACCAGGAAACGCAGACGAAGAAAACAGGCAGUAAAAAAGUAAUCAUCAGUGACGAGGAGGGGGAGAAGAGUCCACAUCUGUCUGACGCUAUUGGUAUGCCGCAUCCCUCCAGCAGCAAUGGUAACAGACACAUCAGUAACACGUAUGUGAAGCAGAAGGCAACGCAGAAGCUGUACACGCCUGGUCCAAAAGGCAACAGCAAAGGAGCGGACUAUAAGAAGAAUAUGGACCUUAAGAAUGACAAGGAUAAGACCUUGGACGUGAGUCAACACGAGGUCCAGCCUUUGGAUAAAAAAGACUCUGUUUUGCUUCAGAAUGGCGUUAUAAACUGUGGCUUGAUUACAAAUGGCUAUUCUAGCAAGGACAAUGACGGCAGCGGCUCCGAGGGCGGAUAUACUACUCCGAAGAAGCGCAAGACCAGAUGUAACAACACCAAGAACACUGAAAAUAUGACAAAGGAAAAGGAGAAGGACAUGCAAUCCAUCAACACUACGCAGGAACUAGCGGCUUCGAACCCGGAGACAUCGGAGAGAGGAAUCGCCUUGAAACACGACGGCUUCAGAUCCUCUCACAAAGUAGAAGUGCAGUCGUCAGCCAAACGGGCUGUUGUGUCAGAGGCUUCGACGGGCGAAUCUCAAAGGAAAAACUCUGACGGCAAAACCGCUGGCACUGUUGGUAAAAAAUCUGAGGAAAGGCACAAAGGCAAGCUUUCCUCGCCUUCAAAAGAGGACUCGUGGACUUUAUUCAAGCCACCUCCAGUAUUUCCUGUGGACAAUAGCAGUGCUAAAAUAGUUCCCAAGAUCAGUUAUGCAAGUAAAGUAAAAGAGAACCUCAAUAAAGUAGCUCAAGGCGGCGGAGAGGCGGUGCCUCCCCCUGUGAGACUGUCACAGGUUCCCAUGUCUGCUAUGAAAACUAUCACCUCAGCUAGCUUUACUAAUGGUCCUGUUUCUGGUAAUGGAAACAGCUGCCCAUCUAUGGGUACCUUCUUUGCUGCCGCUGCUAGUAGUAUUCAAUCAGCCCCAUCUAUCCCGAGAGGCGAGAAUGUAGCAUCUUCUUUGGAAAGUAACUGUAGCUCUACAACAAGUCCUGUAGAUGGAGACGCGUACGAGCUUAGGAAGUGUACUCUUUUAAUCUACCCUUUAAAUAUGCAACCCGUGCUCCCGAGCGCUCGUCACCUUGACCCACCGGCCGCUCAGACAAAUCAGAAAGCCCUGGGAGACAUCUUCCAGAAUCAGUGGGGGCUCUCCUUCAUCAAUGAGCCCAACUUGGGGCUGGAGGGAGGAAAUGGGCAGGUGCCUGCAGAGGACCAAACGUCUGUGACAUCUCAAGGUGGGAGUCCGGCUGCUGCAGCCCAGCCCUGCUUUGAUAUCAGCCCCUCAUUGUUAGAAACUGGCACUUUGUCUCAAGACCCACCGAAAAGGACUUGUGUCCCCGGCCAACUAUCAAAUGCCUGUUCUCCUGCUUGUGUGAUCAGCGCGGAGGAGACUAAAGGGCAGCCGUGUGGCCAGGAAAAGACGAACGUUGAGGGUGCAGGGGUGCAGCAGAAGGGUGCGGAUUCUUCUGCGUCAGCCCCCAGUAAAGACAACGGUGCUAAGCCUGAACAGGGCCAACUAACCACUCUGCUGUUUGGCUCAUCUAAAGAACAGGCCCACUCUAAAGACAUUGGCAGGGGAUCUAACUGGGGGUCCUUUGACAUUAAAGCUGCUGUCACCUAUCACACUAAAGAAAUGGAAUUCAUUUUCAACUUGCAAAAACAAGAUCCAAAAAGAGUAGUGGUUUAUGAUGAGACCAAGGACGGACCUAAUCAGUGAGGCAGACUGUCUUCAGUCCUUCCCAUCUGUUCCUCUGGGUGCUGCAGUCGUCCACCUUGGGAAACACGAAUCCUCUUGGAUUGAUAAAGUGACCAUUGUGAAAACACUGAUAGUUAAGCAUGAGUUUCCUUGGAGUCUCGGGUGUGAUAAGACUUUUUUUUUUGUUUUUUUUUGUUCUUGUUCUCUCUCUUUGGAGGCAUCAGACAGACACACACAAAGAUGGACAUUCAAAGGAGUUGAUUGGUGCCUCUCGAACAUGAUGGAUGGACUCCUGAAACUAUGAGCUGCGGUAGUCGUUCCUCUCAUGGCUCUUAAGGGAUAAUGUUUGGGAGUUCAACAAAGGAAGGUGUCGUGGACUUCACCUCCCUAAGCCUUUAUUCUGUUGAACUGCAGGAGCUGUCAGUUUGGCUAUGGGAUGCCUCAGUCAUUUUCUUCCUUCACGCAUUCAAAUGAGUUAAUUGUAGAUAUGUUAGACGUUAUUCAUACACAUCCAUGUACAAGCUUGAAUUCAUCGUGAAUGAAAGGAGAAAACACUCUUAAGAAUGCCUUUUAGGUUGUGGAAUAAAGGUGUUUGCAUCCCUGUUGAAAUUGAAGGGGAGGCUCAUAAGUGAGGCCCCAUCCAUGAAGGGAGAACCUUGUCUUAAACCCUUUUAGGGAAACUCGGAGCCUAAACGUUAAAUGCUGUUUCAGCAGACCUAACAUGAGUGUUGUUUGCAUCGCUGUCAGAGCCCAGAGCACAGGUACAGAAGUGCCCAGCUUGAAGGAAAGCUACACCCCUUCACGUUGUCGCUCAUUAGGUGUGCUAAAGAUUUCAAUGUUCAGUCUCCGUUAUAUUCAGAAGUUCGUAUAUUUCAUUAGGUUAUCACAGACUGUUCUUAAAUUCAGGUUCAUGCGCUCUGAGAUGAGCUCUGAGUUUAGGAAAAACCUGGGUGACAAACUGUUCAACCAGACGUUGCUUCCAGUGUUCUGCAUCUCGGGCUUUUCGUUCAGCAACAACACUCAGGAUAUCUGCAGAUUAGUUUUUGCCCACAUUUCUGUCACUUCCUUUUUAAAAAGAGCAUGUAUCACAUUUUACAACUUUUUUUUUUUUUUUUUUUUCUAAACAGUAUUUGGUCUUUGCUUUUCUGCCUUAUGGCAUUGUUGUCUGUUUUUUGUUUUUGCAUGUUUACUGGUGGAAAUGAGUGAGUCAAAGGGUCACUAUUCAUUGCCACACAAACAACAGCAACGCAGCAAUUGCAAUACUAAUCCUGGUUCCCAGACUAGCCACUUUGUCAAACUGUGUUGAAAUGUGAAGAAGAAUUGUACUAUAAUGUUUUACUGUGGAAAAGAUGGCACCAUGGGAAAAAACGGGGAUCUGUUGAGCUACAAGCUAUCACCCAAGAUACUGGCGUAGCCUGUCGUUCAGUUUGCUCAAAUGCUUAAGGUGCAUUAUUUUGUUGCACCAAUUUUAAUUUUAUUUUCUUCCUUUUUUUUUUUCCCCCCAAAUUUGUACUUUUGUUUGUCUUAGUCAUCUUGAAUGGUGGAUGAAUUCUAGGGAGCCCAAAUUCACUAACUGGUCAGCUGUGACAUCACUUUAAUCACCAUCUCCAAAUCAGGACUGGUGUAUUGAACAUCACAAAGGAACUAUCCGGGUUUCUUUUCUCUAGAAAAUAUGAUUUGGUUAAUGUGUGGAUUAAUAGCACUUUAUGUAAACAAAUUACCUUUAUCUUAAAUACUAGGAAAAUCUAUAUGUACUGACUAGAAAUACUCCUUGAAAGAAUGACUCUGGGCUGUUACUUUCAAAAAAACAGAAAAACAAAAAAAAAAAAUGUUGCUAAAUACAGAAUUAUUAAAUGUAACUCAGGUAGUGUUGAUAAAGCCAUGACUAUGUUCAAUAUUAUUUUUGCCAAAUGGCCCCGUCACGUAAUGAUCUCAUAUUGGAAAAGCUUAAUUGGAGUCGUCCUGUACAGAGUCUCAUGAUGGAGUGACAACACACCAAAUAAUUGUGAUCAAGGAAAGCUGCCAUUAGCACUCUUGGCUUUUUUUUUUAUUUUUUAUUUCCCUGUUGAGAAAACACAUUGCUCCAUGCAGUUAUCUGUUAAUCUUUGACUGUAAUCUUUAGUAUUUUUGCUGGUUCAUCUCCUUAUGUGUUCAUAUUGAAGCACCUUUUUUUUUUUUUUGGUUUUAUUAACGUUCAUCAUGGGUGGUGUUUCUGCAGUGGGCUAGCUGGAAUCCAGGCGUUCAAACACUCUCCUUACCACUGUGUCCCAAGCAGGCAGCUUGUACUUGUGCAGAAAAGGGAAUUUCUUAACUGCAACCAUGGAUUUCUUUUUAAAAAUUUUUUGUACAAGUUGUCUCCACAUUUAACUUCAACGUGCAGUCGCGGUCAACUCUCUGGCCGUCAAAAUGCCGUGGUGUGGCUCCCGAACGGCGUGUGCGCCAUCAGAUGUCCUGAAUAAUUUCAGUUGUUUUGAAAUCUGGUCAGCUAGGAAAUGGUACCAGUAGUAUUCAGAUUGAUUGGUUAAUUGGUUGUUUUUUUUGCUCCACGGUUGUGAAAGUUGAUAAUGAAUCUGGCAUAAAGUUUCCACUUUAACGUUGUCUGAUUGCACAUAAUCCAUCGAAACACUGAUGCAGUCGUGCAAAUGCAGAAUCGUCAGGCUGGCAGGGUCGUCGGUGGACAGUGAUGCAUCUGUGGGUGUCUAAAUGUAAACAGGGUGACAUUACUGUAGUCUUAUGAAAACUGUUUUUGUUUUUCCUAAUUCUUGCAUUUUUGAGAAUCAAGGGAAAUAUUAGCCCCCCCCCCCUUUUUUUGUUUUGUUUUUUUGAAGCACUUAAUACAGCAACAAGGCUAUGCUGAAUAUGCAUUUAUUGUGAUAGAACUGUUAUUUAGCGUCGUAGCCUGCAAACCAAAUACAGGUUCUUGAAGCUGAGGAGAUCAGUGAUUUUUGAGGAUGCGACUUGACUGUUGGUGUGUUGACAGGAAAGCCUGAUCAUGUGGAGUAUCUACCGUGUCUCCAGGUUGCGAGUGGCAUGUUUGGGUUUUUUUUUUUUUUUUUGGGUGUGUGCAUAGCAAGUUCUUCCUAUUAUAUGCAAGUUCCUCAUAUUUCAAAAUCCUCCUUCCCUUGGUCGUUUCAUGUUCAGGUGCCUGUGUGAAGGGGGGAAAAAACUUUUACAGCAAUUUUGAUUGUUGAAAAUCUGCUUCCAGCAUAUAUCCGUGCCAUUUUUGUUUUCUUCUUCUUUUUAAUUACUACAUCUAAUCCAGAUUUUCUUCCUUUAACCAGCAUGGACACAGCUGAAAGCAAUGAGCUUUUUUUUUUUUUUUUUUUUUCUUGCUUUUUCUUGUAGGUUUUGCAGUUUUUCAUGGCUUGUUCAGAAUUGUGACCUAAAGCCAAAAUCACUUUGAAUGGGGACGGAUAACUGUUUGCUGGUGUAUAUUCAUACCAGUCUAUUGUCAAAUUAUUGUGUUGAAGUAGCACAUGAUUAAUUUUAACUCAUUUACCAAGUUAAUAUUUUAACAUGUUAUAAAGAUGUUUUUAUUUUUUGAGUUACAGCCUAAUUUAUCCAUAGAUGCACAAGUAGGAUGAGACUAAAAUGAAUAAAUGAUGCAGAAAAUCAAGACGUCUCAAUUUUUAUUUAAUUUUUUCUGAGAUUUAGAUAUUUUUAGUUGUUGAUUGACGCUAAUGUAGACCCAUUUUUGUUUUCCCCCUUUAGCACCAAUGUUAAUAUAUUUGAAGAUGCGCUUUCCAGAAGAUUUUAUACAGAUUAUUUGAAUGCGCCUCUUCAGAUAGUUGUGAUGGAGUGAUGAGCAUUGAAAUACACUAAAUCUAGAGUUCCUAAUUAAUAUAUUUUUAUUUGUGGUGUUGUUGAUCGUGUCGUGAGGAGGAUUGAGGUAUUAACGUGUAGUUCAUCGAGUCGGGAUGUGGUUUUUGCCAAAGGUACGCUACUCAGAUAUUCACCUGUUUGGCAAACGCGGAGGAGGUGAGGGGCGUGUUUGUGACGCAACCAUUUUCCUGACAUCCUGCUCUGUCCAGAGAGCUUUUUAACAGAGAUCACUUAUUUUGCAGCUGAAUGUCACUUAGGGCGUGUUGUUAUGCUGUGUGAGAGAGGAGAAAUCUUGAGGGGUAAAAUUUAAAAACAAAAAAAAAAAAAGGAAAAAAACCGAAAGUGCUGCUUCUUCAUCCAGUUACCGGUCAUCUGUAAUGAGAAAUGCUGGACUUGGUGUUUGUGCUCGCCUAAAAAAAACAAAACAAGAAAAAGAUAACCAACAAAAAAACUGUUCCUCCUUUUUCAAAGUCAUCGUCUUGUAGAAAUGUUUGUUUUUUUUUUAUUUUUAAAUUCAGAGACAAACUGGGAAGUGCAGUGUUUUCAGAUUCCACGAUGGAGGGAUCCAGUCACGGGAUGUGACGGCUUGUGGCGAGGAGUCUUUUUGUGUCUGUGUCAUCUCAAACAGCUGUUGUGCGUGCUCAAGCUUUUUUUUUUUUUUUUUUUCUUAAAAUCGCGUUUCCUCGUGCCCUAAAAUAUGAGAGAUGAAUUAAUAGCGUUUCUUUCUCAAAUGUCUUACAGGUCGGCAUUUAAGAUUUUAAGUAGGCAGUAUGAUUUUUUUUUUCUUUUUUUUCCUUAAGUUUAACAAGUGUCAUCAUUUUUUUUCUGUCUUUUUAAGCAUGAUAACCCUCAAUUCCAUGCAAUGUAAUAGUCAAUAAAAAAAAAACCCUC